GUCAGUAAGACAAGCAUGAGGCGCAUACUCAGUGUGAAUGCAUUGGGUCUGAUCACUGUAUUUGGUAGAAAUCCGCCGUCUCGUGCGUCUUUUGCAUUGAAUUUCUGCAGAAAAUCGUCGCGUGAACCAACAAGCAUGGACCUGAGUGACAUGAGGAAGAAAUACAAAGGAGAUGAGGAAUGCUUUGAGGAGAGUCAGCUUGUCUCUCUGGACCCGAUCAAACAGUUUGGUGACUGGUUCGAUCAGGCCACAAAGUGCCCCGAAGUCGGAGAGGCGAACGCCAUGUGCAUCGCCACGGCAACCAAAGAUGGACGUCCGUCUGCUCGUAUGGUCCUGCUGAAAGGAUACAGCAACGAGGGAUUCCGUUUCUUCACAAACUACGAGAGCAGAAAAGGUUCUGAGCUGGAGAGCAAUCCGUAUGCGUGUCUGGUCUUCUACUGGGAACCCCUGAACAGACAGAUUCGCAUCGAGGGCACCGUGGAGCAAAUCCCCUUCCAGAGCUCCUGUGACUACUUCCACUCCCGACCAAAGAGCAGCCAGAUCGGCGCCGUCGUGAGCCGACAGAGCACUCUGGUUCCUAACAGAGACUAUCUACGGCAGAAAAAUGCAGAACUGGAGGAGAAGUACAAAGACACAGAUGUGCCCAUGCCGGACUACUGGGGCGGCUACAUCGUGAAGCCUUCUCUGAUGGAGUUCUGGCAGGGUCAGACCAACAGGCUCCACGACCGCAUCGUCUUCACCAGACCAAAGGACGGAGCGUCUGAGCCGGGGGAGUUCCAGCACGCUGCAGAGGGAGGCUGGGUUUACCAGCGACUGGCCCCGUGAGCAGAACCGCAACGGACCGUGGUGUACUGGACGGUACCUUCACCAACACUGGAAGGAACCGCUCAUCUUUAAGAACUGAUGGAAAUCAUUAUGAUUAAAUUGGUGCUGCUGUGUGUAGGAUUUAUCGACAAGCCAAACAACACUGUGCCAUCUUUUUGUUCUCGAUGCCAGCUCACUAUUAUUAUUAUUAUUAUUACAGUGGUUACCAUGGUAACAGAGGUGUGACACAACCUGCCAAUUGCACAACUAGCAAAAAGAAAGAGAGAGAGAGCAAACUCCACCCGGACCUGUAGAGUAAUGAUUGACAGUGACGUUGGUUAUUAACGUUUAGGACAUGUGUCUUCAAUUCUGGCCAUUGUUGAGACUUCCUGUCCAUUUUUCUAUGUUGAAAUAAUUGCUGACACUUUGAUUUCACAGGUUUCCUAAAAAGUUUACUGUUUAAUUGAACUUUAAUUUGUAAUCUUACACUAAUUACAUGAAAAAUUGUAAGAAAAAAAAAAAAAAAGGUUCUAAAACUGUUUUCAGAUUAAU